CCGAGGGGUUGAAAACGAGCCCCUCCAAGCGCGGGUCUUACGUACUUUGGGAGAAAGAGAAGCGAAAGAGAUGCAUUUGAUUUCAGUGAUUCGUUUUAGCCUGGGAAUAACAGGACUUUAUAAACUUAGAUAAUUGUCCUCUCGUCUCUGAACAAGCAGAAGGUUCCUGGCCCCAAACUGUUAUUUGUUGCAACAGUUGAAGGGACAAGAAAGAAGGUUUACCUGCGGUCCCCGAUUAUGGUAAAUUAGCUGUGGCAACACUGCCAGCAAGCAUGGCCACUGAAACCACAAUUGUCAUCCCCUCUAAUGGAGCAAACAUAAUCCAAAUGACCCCUGGAUUGCCCAGUGUUGCUCUUCAGGCAUCUGGAACAACUCCAUAUCCUCAGUAUGGAGCUCAGCAACUUGGGAUUUCCACCAGUGCUCCUCAACAAAUCCCACAAAAGAGUCCUUUGGAGAGAUUCCUCAAGGCUGAGCCCAAAGUGCUUGGGGCUGUCGAAAUCAUGAUUGGGCUGAUCCACAUUGGCUUUGGAACUGUCUCGUUUUCUUCAUUGGUUUCCUCUUUCAGGUUUCUCCCCAUCUCUGCAAUUGGAGGCUACCCCUUUUGGGGAGGGAUAUUUUUUAUUUCUUCUGGAUCACUUUGUGUAGCAGCUGCGAACCUUCCAAAUUGUGGUUUGGUGAAAUCCAGUGUAGGAAUGAACAUCACAAGUGCUAUCAUGGCAUUAUGUGGUAUCAUCCUGUAUAUGUGCGAGCUGAUAAUCUACAGUCCUCUUACCAGACAUCAGUAUAUCAGUCAGUAUACCAAUGACCAAUCUGUAAGUAAACCAAUCUUGUCUGACAUUUUGACUUCAUGUGCAGAAUCCAGAAGGAGAUUAUAUAUGCAGCCGGGAUAUUUGACAUUUGUUUGAAAAAUUUUCCUUGAAUAAGUCUCAGUCCCAAAGAAAUGUGUUCUAUUUCAUUUGAAUUUUUAAAAUAUACAUAUAUUUUUAAA